CUUCCUUUCCAGCUCUUUUAUAUAGCACCCUGAGCUUCAAUUGUUCAUGUAUCGCUGAUCUAAUUUUGCAGCAUGGCGACAGUCUAAAUUUACUGUUUGUCUUCCCGAAGUACCCCCCUUGCCUAUUUUCCCAGGAUCACCUGAGAAAAAUUUAAGCCCUUCUUUUUCACUCUUUCCUGCCUUUUCCCUGCCUGUCAGCCCGCUUUAUCACUGUCAAAUUUUUCUUCGACAUACCAUGUUGAAUGCAAUCGCUUUGGCUACCAAGUCCUCUCUAAGGGCCUCCCCACACCACGCAAAAGCUUUCUUCUCUUCUUCUACGAGAUCUCUUGCCAGGAACAAGGUCCUGACCAUUGAAUCCAUGAAUGAUGCUGUCAAAAAUGUCGAAUAUGCUGUAAGAGGCGAAUUGGCUCUCAAAGCUGAAAGUUUGCGAGUGGAUUUGGCUCAGAAAAAACCUCUUCCUUUCAAGCGCGUCAUCGGAUGUAACAUUGGAAAUCCACAGCAGUUGUAUCAAAAGCCCAUUACCUUUUUCCGCCAAGUCGUCUCGUUGUGUGAAAAUCCAGAUUUGUUGGUCCCAAAGAACCGCGAGGCUUUGCUCAAACUUUAUCCCAUGGAUGCGAUUCUGAGAGCUGAAAUGUUGCUCAGGGAUGUCAUUAGUGUCGGUGCCUAUUCGCAUUCCAAGGGUGUCCCAUCUAUUCGCAGAAACGUUGCCAAGUUCAUUGAAAAGCGAGAUGGUGUUCCUGCCAACCCUGAACAUAUCUUUUUGACCCAAGGUGCAUCUUCUGGCGUUCAAACUAUUCUGCAAGUCAUCACCAAAAACCAUCAUACUGGCAUUAUGAUUCCCAUCCCCCAAUAUCCCCUCUACUCUGCCACUCUGUCCUUGUUCGAUGCCACUCCUGUGCCAUAUUACCUCGAUGAAAGCCAUCAGUGGGCACUUAACAUGGAUGACAUGGAAGCCUCUGUUAAGGAGGCCAGAAGCAAGGGUACAGAUGUGCGUGCCUUGUGCAUUAUUAAUCCAGGAAACCCCACAGGACAGUGCCUUUCUGAAGAAAACAUACGACAAGUGAUUGAUUUCUGCCAUCGCGAGCGUAUUAUACUUCUUGCUGAUGAAGUUUACCAAACCAAUAUCUACCAACCGGACAGAAAGCCUUUCCACAGUUUCAAGAAGAUCCUUCAUCAAAUGGGCGAGGAGUACAAGGACGUUGAGCUGGUGUCUUUCCAUUCUAUCUCCAAGGGUAUGGUCGGCGAAUGCGGAAGACGAGGUGGCUACUUUGAAAUGGUUGGUAUUGACGAAGACGUCAUUGACCAAAUUUAUAAGCUGGUGUCGGCCAACUUGUGUCCCAAUGUGCAAGGUCAAAUUCUUGUCGACUUGAUGGCCAACCCACCACAGGAAGGGGAUGAAUCCUACCCACAGUACCAAGAAGAAGUAGGCGCUAUUUAUGAAUCCCUUAAGCGCAGAGCUGUUAAACUUGCCACCUGCUUCAAUGGCAUGGAGGGAGUCACCUGCAAUGAAGCCGAGGGUGCUAUGUAUGUCUUCCCCAAAAUCAGCUUACCACAGAAGGCCAUCGAAGCUGCCAAAAAAGCCGGAAAGGAGCCUGAUAACUUUUACUGUCUCGAGAUGCUGGACGCCACGGGUGUGUGUGUAGUGAAUGGCUCUGGUUUCGGACAAGCGCCAAACACAUGGCACUUGCGAUCGACUUUCUUGCCGGAAGAACAUCUGUUUGAUGAAUUUUGCGCCAAGUUGGAAAAGUUCCAUGCCCAGUUUUUGGCAAAGUACAAAGAUUAACUUAUAGGAACGGAGCACUUGUUGGUUUUCUCUUGACUUUCUAUUCCCCUCCCUACUGUUAUCUGUCCAUUAUACACCCACUUUCACGUCUUAUAGAAAAAAAGUAACCAAUAUCUAGGAAUUAGAGAACCGCCCAGUGACAUUGCAUUAUUUUUCUUUGCGGAAGUUGCUUUCAAUGUUUGAGAUGCCCACUGGCUCACCAGCCUAGAAAA